AUGAGUAUAAUUAAAAAUUUUUUUAAUAGAUUAAAUUUAAAAAAUAGAAGUAAAGUUAAUAAGUUAACCAUUAUAGAAAAAAAAGAAAGAUUAGAAAUUCCUUAUUUUUAUUUAUCUUUAUCUGCAUUUAUGUUUGGUUUGUCAUUUGCAUUUGUCCCAUUAUAUCAGCUAUUUUGUCAAUCAACGGGGUAUGGAGGAACUAUAAAAAAUAAAUUGGAUAUUAAUAAAUUAUUAAAAAAAAAAGAAAAUAGUAAAAAUAGAUUAAUUGAAAUAAAUUUUACAAGCCAGUCUAAUAUGCCAUGGUCAUUUGAACCUGAGCAAAAAAGUAUUAUUGUUAAACCUGGUGAAACAGUUCUAGCUUUCUAUAAAGCUAAAAAUUUAAUUAAUAAACCAAUUAUUGGAAUAGCAUUAUAUCAUGUAUUACCUGACGAAGCUGGUUUAUAUUUUAAUAAAAUUCAAUGUUUUUGCUUUGAAGAGCAGAUGCUAAAUGCUAAUGAAGAAAUUGAUUUGCCCGUACUUUUUUUUAUUGAUCCUGAUAUUUUAAAUGAUUCUAGAUUAAAAAAUUUAGAAAAAAUUACUUUAUCAUAUAUUUUUUUUGAGUCGGAUUCAGAAAUUCCAGAAGAAUAUCAGCAUCUUUCCAAAGCUAUUGUAUCCAAAAAAAAACCAAUUCAAGUUAUUUGA